AUGGCUAAUGGUUUUGAAAGCAAUGGGCGAUCCCGAUUACCCAGCGGUGGAGGAGGCGGUGAUUCUCAGAAAUUGACAACCGCCGAUGCUCUUUUGUUUCUCAAACAAGUGAAGGAUGCGUUUUGUGACAAAGAAGAAAAUUAUGAGAAAUUUCUCGAGAUCAUGAAAGAUUUCAAGGCUAAAAGGGCUGUCACAGAAGAUGUGGUUGCACGAGUGAAGGAAUUAUUCAAAGGGCAUAAGGAUUUAAUUUUGGGAUUUAAUCCCUUCUUACCGGAGGGUUAUCAGAUAACCCCGGAUGACGACGAAGAUGCAACUUCGCUGAAACAGACAGUUGAUGAAGAUGAAGAAGCUGCUGGCUCUAUAAACUUGACAAACGAGGACAACGGGGAGUGCAGUAUCUGCUUGGGGAGGCUGAAUGCUGGGUACAUUUCACUGGAUUGCUCCCACCGCUUCCAUGCUAAAUGUUUUAGGACCUGGUGGAGCAAUAACCCGACGUGCCCAUAUUGCAGACUUCGGGUCAACGAGAAUGGAGAGAAGGAUCCCUAG